AUGAGGGUUCAGGCCGAAGAAGAGGAAUUCUCUCAAUGGCUUUUAAAACUUGGUUGUGGAACAUUACCUUUAAAAGCAGAUGGUUCCUUUCGCGGGUGCAUUGAGAUUCCUGAGCAAUGCUUGCUUGGAGAAAAUGAAUCUUUAGUAGACAAGAUUUUUGGAGUUGCAGAAGAAGAUGAUUAUGCUAAACGUGCCAUUUUGACACCCAAUAAUGUUGAUUCUUUAGCAAUAAAUGAAGAAGUUUUGGACCGUUUACCAGGUGACGUUAAGGUUUAUUUAAGUGCUGAUACUAUUGAAACAGAUGAUCUUAACGAAAUCAAUUAUUUUCCUGUUGAGUUUUUAAACAGUCUUACUCCAUCAGGAAUGCCUGUUCAUUGCCUAAAGCUAAUAUUUGGUGCUGUUAUAAUGUUACUUCGAAAUUUAGAUCUAAAAGCUGGAGUUUGCAAUGGUACCCGAUUGAUAGUGCGUGCUCUACAAAAUAAUUACAUUGAUGGGCAAGUUCUAACAGGUGUUUCAGUUGGCAAGAGGGUAUUUGUCCCUCGGGUUCAGUUAACACAAUCUGAUUCAAAUUUACCUUUUACUCUUAAGCGUCGUCAAUUUCCUGUAAGAUUAGCAUACUCAAUGACCAUAAAUAAAAGUCAAGGUCAAACUUUUGACAAAGUUGGUUAUAUUUUGUAA